UCACCCACACAAGAUUCCUCAUCAAAUACUUAACAAAAAAAAAAAAAACACAUCAAACAUUUGAUAGACAUACAGAUUUUUUUCUGCAAGUUGUGAUCUUUUUGAUGACUGGGAAGCGAAACCAAUCAAGCCCAAUGGGCAGCCUUUCGUCGGGGAACAUCUUCGAUAGCUUCUCGAAGGAGCAGGAUCGAUUCCUGCCGAUUGCAAACGUGAGUCGGAUCAUGAAAAAGUCCCUCCCUGCCAAUGCCAAAAUCUCUAAAGAAGCUAAAGAGACUGUCCAAGAAUGCGUCUCCGAGUUCAUUAGCUUCAUCACCGGGGAAGCGUCAGACAAGUGCCAAAAGGAGAAGCGAAAGACCAUCAAUGGCGAUGAUCUUUUGUGGGCGAUGACGACAUUAGGGUUUGAGAAUUACGUUGGACCCUUGAAGGUUUACCUCAACAAAUAUAGAGAAACUGAGGGAGAAAAACACUCAAUGCCUCGACAAGAUGAUCAUCAUCAAGCUCUCAUCUCCGCCACGAAUAAUGAAGAAACUCAUAAAAUGAAUGGUUCUUUAUCAGUUUCAAAUGCAGAUUUUCAUAAUUUUAACAUGGGAUUUUACUCCCUUGGGGCACAAGCAACCGCAAAAAGUCUUGGAGAGGGCACAAGGGCGAUUGGCUAUGGAGAAAAUUUUGGCACAGAAGGGUUAAAUUUCAGCAGGAUUCAACCUGAAAAUGGAGAAAGAAAUGGAAACAGAGUGGCCAUGGCAGCAGCUCGCGUUCAUGGAGGAGUUGAACGGUAGAGAAUUUGGAAGGAAAGAAUUAAUUAAUCCAAUUAAUUUUUAUAUUAUACGUAAGUUGAUUUUUCGUUGUUUUUGUUCAAUUAUUAACCAUAUAUAUAAGUAUUAUUAUUACCAUUA